CAAAAGACAUGCUUAUAUUAUUGGACUCUGAAAAUUAUCAUAAAAUUCCUCGCCUACCAAACAAAUGAAAAUAUCAAUUUUAGAGUCCGUUUACCAGUUUGGCUCCGGCUCUCUUUUACAAUGGACUUGUACAAGAUGUUUGAUGAUGGCUUGUUCAGCGGAAUGUACGAGAUGUAUGAUCACGAGAAAGCAGCGGAAGAGGCCCAACUUGCUUCCCUUUCAACAGAGCGGUAUUUAGAGCUGGCUCGUAAGUGCUGUUACAGUUCAAUUUCUAUUUGCCUUUGUCUGCGGUAAUAUAUGAUAAUUAGUGAAAACAAAGGAAAAUAAUAGCGCAAAUUAUGUACAAGUCAAGAUUAAACAGUUCCACGUUCAGAUAAGUAAAUGCUAUUACGUUUGAGCAGUGUACAUUUGAUUCUUGGGUGAAAUAACUGCCAAGCAGUUAUACAAGGUGAAAUUCCUAGAAGUAAAAAAACAGCUGCAUGAGAAAACUGUCGUUGGAGGAAAUAUUUCUUGGUACCAAUUUUGUCGACGAAGACUACUAAGGGAAAUUAGCAAAUAAAGAAAGAAAUAAUUAUAGAAGUGAAAAUACAUCAUAGAAACGCUGAAAUUUGCAUGACCAAUUUAAAUGACUUAAUAAAAUAUUUUCACUAAGGUGAAGGUGAUUAGUGCUUUUUACUCGGCGACCAAAAAAUAUACCUAGACCGAGCGUUUUACUCAAGCUAUGUUCUAAGGACGCAAACUUUCCGUUUAAAUGUAUCGUAAUAAAAUGCAUUUGCUUAAAGUAAUAGGAAUCUUAUUUUGUUCGUAUAAAUAUGAAAACCAAAUGUCUAGUCGUGAAAAAAUGAAAUGAUGUUAAUUAAAGAGAUAGCAACGAUGAAACCUAGUAUGUAUUACUACGUUCGAAUGUUGGUCAUGGGAAUUGAGGUGGUAGUUAAAUUAACAACGAGUUUUAUAUUAAUUUUGCAAGUCCACUUACAGUGACCUCUUCUGAUAUUUGUGAUAUACAUACGUUAAAAUAUAACAUUUAAGAUAAACAAAGCUAAACAGAAGUAAUACGACAAUUUCGCGAGUUUUGAUACUGCCAUAUAUUUCACAUAGUCAUUAUUAUUUCCACGUUUCCACAGUUUUUUUAUUCAUUUAUUUUGGGAUUUUUUUCUUGUGUGUGAUGAACGUCAACAGACAGCCACUCUACCAAAGUCCCGGCUUACUUUAGGCUGAAGAUAUUGAUUGAGACACUUUUGAUUUUGUCACUGAAUAUGCUAUAUGUUUUAUAAAUACACGAGAGCCAAAAGGAAAACUAAUAGGUGGUUUUCAUGCAAUCCCGGGAGACACAAAUAACAAUGGUGAAAUGAACAAAUGCUGGUGGACAAACAAAGCGAGCUAAUGAGCGAUCUUUUGUUUACCGUCCACCAGCAUGGCGGCGAUGACGUAACGUGAAAACCACCUAUACCGUUUAUGAAACAUUCGCGUUUUAUGUUUAACAUAGGCCAACAAGCAAAUCCACCCAUAUGUUCACUUGUCCACUGGAAUUUUUCAUUAGUUUGUGAGCGACUGACGAAAAAUCCAAAGGGGCAAAUGUGACGGAUACAGUGGCUCGUUUGCUAAAAACGAAUCCAUUCUAAAAAACGUUUUUUCAUGACGUCAUGUCCGCCAUAUUGGUGACCCAAACCGAUCCGGUGGGUUUGAAAAAAAUGUUAUUUUCUCCCGAUAAAUUUGCAUAGCUGCUCUGGGCACGUGAGUGAAAACGCUCUAAUGUGCUGGAUGUUGUCAUGUUACAGGAUGUCCUAAUUUGUCUUGUUUAUUCUAUUCGUCUAUUCAACCAAGCAUGCUAUAAUAAGACACGUCCAAUGGAGCCACGGAAACCAUAAACUUCAUAUCACAAUAGCAAACUAAAGAUGAGAUAUCAACGUCAACAGGCCAUUUGCAUGAUGACAUCAUUUACUACUACGACCGGAAUCCUUCAGGGUUUUCGUUUCUUUUGCAAAUUACGGCUUUUGUCAUUUAAAUCUUGCUGGGAUUACAAAAUUUAAAUAUGAAAAGAAAAAUGAAAAGGAUUCUGGUCGUAGUAGCAAAAUGACGCCAUCGUUCAAAUGGAUAAUUUAACUACUGUCGAAAAUGAGUAUCUAAAAGAUAGUCUUGUAGCCAAGUGACACAUUCUACCAAACUAAACGAUUCGUUUUCCCAGCAAAAAUUUAUGGCUGAAAUACAACAGUCCAAAAAUAACAACAAUUAAAAAUGAUAUAACGUAAAGUUUUCCUGAGGUGUGAAUUCAGUCCCGUUAAGUUCUGAUAGGAGGAGAAAAAUUUAAUGGUUCACUGAUGCUCUUUCUUGUAUGAAAUGUGGGGUUCACAUUCUCAUUAGGUGCGAAGGUAUUUUUGCAUAACUACACAUUAAUCAGCCUGAACAUAUCACUGAAAAUGGACGUUAACAGCAAAGUUCAGACCUGGGAAGGCCAAUCGAAAUACGCUCGCCAAAACUCAAAUAAUAUGAAACAAUCGAUAGAGGAAAGGACAGGUAUGGUGGCUUUCUUGGUAAUACAUAUGCGACUAGUCUCAUUAGAUUAUAAGUUGUCAAAACGGAAGUCCAACUCUAAGUUUAACAAAUCCGAGGGCUAGCUCAGAUUGGAAAAAAAUAUUUUGCGUAAACAUGGGAUGGUUACCUUCAGUUGCCUUACUAGUGGUUACUGCUACUGAUACUCAAUCAAGCAAGGGUAUGCUGGAGAUAAUUAUUAUAACAUACGACGUUUUGAGGGUAGAAUACCUGAUCUCCGGUGUAUAUCAAAGUAACAUUACAUUAUAUUGCAAUGAUAUUUGUUAAUUGCAAGUGGCUGUAAAUAAACUGAUAAAGAGAUUUCUGAAUGUCGGCUAGCGCUAGGUCUUCAGUAUUCAUCUCUUUUCAAAGGCAGACAAGGAGCUCAAUGUUGCCGAACGUCGAAGCUCUGUUUCACUGACAAAUCACUAAGAAAAUGCAUAGUGUCAAGAGUCAUAAUGGUAGUGCAGAACCUUUCUCUUUAUUUUCUCUCCAUUCGACUUCACAGAGUAAAAAAGUUGCAAAAUAAUAAAUAAAAGGUGUUACUCGUUCACGGAGAUGAUUUAAAGAAUGAAAUAAUUUGUAUAACAUACAAACGUUUGCAAUCUUCUGACGUAAUGACUGCACUUUUAAUUUACCUCAAGGCCAUAUUUUUUCGUCAUGCUCCGGCCAACAACACCUUUCUGUCCAUUAAAAUGCAAAGUUUAUUGAUUAUAAUAUCAUCCAGACAUUGACAUUGUGUUUUAAGAAAGUAUAUCUAUUGUGCUUCUUCGUUUAUUGAUAUGCAAUUGACUCAAUGCACGCUGAGUAUACGUAUAUGGAUUUCACUAUUUACGAAAUGUUCAACAGCUUCUGUGUUAAAACAAAACAAGACGAAGCUAAUAGAAAAAAAAGUCAGAAUCUAACAAUAAAACUGCAAACAAGUCGAUACGGCUUUUAAACGUAAAGCUCUGCACACAGGUUGGUUUUAAAAUUGACUAAUUUGAUUAUCAUGUUAAACUUUAUUGUUCUACACCGAGAAAAUGAGUUUCCACGAUUGCGUGCUUAAGAUCAUGUGCAUGAAAUAGUAAUGGCCUUUAGGCUGCAAGGUUUUAAAAGCCACUAUCACUGACCAAACAGACGGUUGAAAUAUGCAAAACAAAUAAUUGAUUUAUUUCUUAUAUGUAUAAAAAAAAUAUAUCACUGAAGAUAAAGACAAAGAGUUAUUUAGAUGAACUAAGGCAUUAAUCCGAUAGAGAACAAUAACUCUCAAAGAUAAUAUAAUAAAUGGCAAAUCUAGGGGAAGCGAGUAAAGAGGUUUUGUAUUGGUAAACGACGGUUUCUAAGAGAAUGCUUUGUAUAAGAAAUAUGUCACAUUAUAUAUGAUUAUACUUUCUUGGAUAAGAUCAUGCGUUUGUGUUUAAUCAGUAAAUGUUAAUCGAAGCUAAAUUUGAGUAGCUCCGGCUUUAAGUUUGCAUAGUGGCAUGGAAGCUGAGCUAGCAUCCACCACACACAGGACUCCCCUAAGAAGGUUUCAAAAGGCUGCUAAACAUGUGCGACUUGGAGUGCGAUAUACUCAUCAGUUUACUAAGUUCGUUUCUGGCACGGUGUGUAAGUACAUGAAUAAGCCAAAGGCGUUUUUAACGAACUGUGGAAACAGUAAUAGUUCGUUUUAGGUAAAAGACUGUAAUGAUCCUGUAAAAAACAGUAUGGGCGAAAUACCAAGAAAGUUACAGUUUUACUUUUCAUGUUUUAGUUGUAUGUAAAAUGGGGCAAAAUUUUUUCACGUGAGAGACAAUUCAUUCUUGAAUAAUACUUAAUCCACUUCUCACCAGAAGCUCAUUUAAAUUUUGUCAUAAGUGUUUAAUUGUGCAACUAAGUGACUUAACAGCAGGGAAAAUUUUAUUCUGGCUAUUUUCCUCUCCCAUGUACAAAACUGUUACAGUCCCGUAAAAACAAUAUGGAAGAGAUACGACAAAAACUACACUCUUAAUUCAUAUUUUAAUUGUAUAUGUAAUGGGACUAAAUGCUUGAUGUAAAUCUUCUUGAGAAUUUAUUCACAAAUUAUCACUACAAAGGUCUUCUUGAAUAAUUAGCAAUUAUUGAAUGAGGCUGAGUAGAAUGUGAAGAAUUCUGCAUAUCGAGGAGGAUGUUAUUCACCGAAGUUGAAGGCGGAGGUGGAUAAAAUCCUCUGAGAUCUGCAUAAUUCUUCACAUCAUACGAAAUCUUGAGGGCAUCUGGUAUGGUUCCUGCAGAGAGUGAUAAAAAACAUUUUGGCAAGAGUAUAUCUAAACAAUUCUUCAUCACUGAGGCAAGUAAAGGAUCAAGAUCGCACGAAUUAAGCGCUGACUUUCGAGUAAAUUCUUUAAUAGUUAGGUGACUUGGCUAACCAUAGCAAAGUCACAGAAUUCAGAAUGGUAUCUAGGAGAAAUUAGGUUAGUAGGACGCACAUUUACCAGUUUUUCUUCAAGUGUAGAAUGUAUAGUUUCAAUCUGCUUUGUAAAGAAGUCGGCAAAAGAAUUUGCUAGAGUAGUGGUAUUAGGAGAGGGUGGAUAACGUUUUGUAACUUCCUUUUGAAGCAGCUUGUUUAAAGUGCUAGUGGAGAUCACGUUCUGGUCCCCAGGGCGUUCUUUGAUGAACUCCCUUCAAUAGGUAGUUUUCAGAUAACUGAUCAGAUUGUUAACAACAGAGCAUUGGAGCACGUAACGCUCAAGGUCGCACUUUAGCUUCGUUUUACGGCACUUCCGCUCUAGAAGUCUCCUUUUGUUUUUCUCCAAGACCACUUCCUGGUUGUACCAAGGGGCUGAUGGACGUAUGGUUACCCACACUUUGCUUACGAGGAGAAUGGUUAUUCAAUAUAGAGCACAAAAUUUCGUCAUAUUGUUUAGUCAGGGCGUUAUUCAUGUUUUGAUUGUAAAUUAUAAUUUUGUUAUGCAGCUUUUUUUCCUUUUACGGACUGUGUCAGAAUCGGACACAUGAAUGGAAUAUGUCUGAAAAUGGUUUAAGCAUGGCGUGUGAUUUGCCCCUGUGUUUAUACAUGAACUGACAUCGUUCAUUCUCGUCGAAAAGAAAUAACAUUUGAGAUUUGUCGAUUAUUUUACCGACAAACUCUUAACUUUGUUGUCGUUUACAUUUAGAAGCAUUAAAAUACACAAAACGCAAAGGGCAGUUUGCGUAGACAACAAAAUUAUGGUUGUGGGGGCCGAAGGGGGGGGGGGGGGGGGCAGUGAUUCACACGUAUGGGUAAGAAUUCUUUCAAAGACUAUCAUGUAUACGAGUAGAAUAAAAGUCUGAAAAAAAGAAAUCAUUUUCAUGGGGGGACUGGGCACUAACACAAAAUGCCGCAUAUUUUCAAAAAUUGCAGCAUAUUUCCAUUUAUAAGUCCAAGCAAAGGUUGUUUCCUCUAAACAUUUUGAUUUAUCCAUUGAUGUAGCGGCAAACGUAAAGGAAUGUAAGCCCGUUGCCGUUUUUGCUUUUGAAUUUUGUGUUCGUGACAUGGCACGUGGCUUAAUUUGCAUACAAGUACGUCAUCCACAUCAGUAAAAACACAUUUGUGAACUUAUUAGUCUGCCAAAAGCAUUAAAUUGAAAAGAAUAAACCUUCAGAAAUUAGCCCACCUCCUUACUUUUUUGUGCAAUCAGUGGAAGAAAUGGGCCUCACGCCCUUAUCUUCCCUGAGAAGGUGAUUUUAAGUGGAUUAUCCACAUUGUUUUAUACCUGCACUAGCACAAAGGCCGUGAUUUAUUUUACAAGCAAAUUCCAAAAUACAAUCAGACCAUUUCGGGCUGGUUAAGUUUCUAGGCAAGUGCUAUCAGUUUUGUUGCUUAUAUGCGAAGGUCAGCAAGCACAAAUUUAAGUUUAAUCAAAACGUAUAUAUUUUGAAUGUUUAAGUUAUUACUGGUAAGGAACCUGUGUCUUAAAGCUCUACUCUUCUUGUCUGGAUGCAUCGAUGCGUUACCCGCCAUACAAUCUCACAAAUUACGGUAAUGGGAAAAAGUAAAACGAGGUUUGGAGAAUUGAUAGUUUGAAAUGAGUAAUAAAUUAAGCAAUGGCUAUUUCUUAGGAAACCAACUAACCCUCUCAGCAAUGACAUUGUUAUUAUGAUAAGCUACUUCUUCGAGGCUAUAACAAUUUUAUUCAUCUCUUAAAAACGCUGUUAACGCUGUAAUAUCGCGUGAUUCUUCUCUAAAACCACUUGUUCCAUGGAACGCAACUUUCAACAGCGAAAAUCUCCUACAAGAGGGUUUCAAAGAGCAGCAAAAAAUGUGAAAGUUGCCGGGCGAACGACGAGAGGAUUUUCUCAUUCUCACAGUAAGUACUAUACGUGUUAAUUUUGAAAAAAAUCAGCAUAAUUCAUCAAAUAAAAGCUAACGGCUCUUGUAGUUUCUGAUCUUAAUUUGAUUAUGAUACUUCAUCUAUGGCGAAGAGGGAAAUGGCAAACGAAAAGAGUUUUCAAUUUCAAUCAAUUUUUAUCGUUGUUUACCGUAAUAAAAAUGUCGGAUCCUCCCAAAUAGAACAUGGAAUGACUCGACGUUUAUCCACACCUCCCAGUCGCAUUUCGAAUGCUCUGUCUAGUAAAUAUUGAAUCUUUAAAAAUAUCUUGUUAUGUGAGAAAAGCCGUUAUCGAGGUUUGACCGCAUCGCAUGAUAUUGUUAUUGCCGCGAAGACGGCAAAAACAAAAUUCUCUUAAUCAGCAAUUAUAACCAGUCGACAAGUUUUUUCAGUCCAAAAUUAUUUCUUGGCCAACUCAAUUAAAAAUUACCGAUAUAACCACCCCAAUAUCUUUUCAAAUUUUGUGGAAUCACUUAUUAUCGUCGACAGUGUGGUUAUUCCUUUAUCGCGUAGCCCUUUGUAUUAUUUCGAGGGUUUGUCGGUGUAACCAAAAUUUUAUUGAGCAAAAAUUGAGGAAUUUCAAGGAAAUGUAUUAAUAGGACAUACGUUAGCCAUUUCAAACUAAGGCCCCUUUAAGUAAUCCUCAGUUUAAUAUCUAGAUGCUAGGACGGUAACUGACCCUGAUUAACAAAAGUGAUUCUUGACUGAGAAAGGUAAAGGUCGAAGAGGAAUUGACUUUUUUUUGCGUUAAGCUAGUUUGAUAAAUUGAGAAGAAAAUAGACUACUGACAGUACCUGGUGUUUAACUAGCCUAAUUAUUAAAACAAAGCCAGUCAGGCAGCACGCGGGAAAGUAAGAAAAAAAUCACACUAUACCAGAUGGCCUUCCAUGUCGAUCCGGUACAGCCGUGAACGCCUGUUCACACUGUGCCAGAGUGGCACAGAAACCUUAAAUCCUGAUACGUGAUAGAUCUUAGCCUUGCUGCCUCGCUCGACCCUUUUCCCCCAGGGGGGGAGGGGGGUGGUCGGGCCCCUUUACUGAAACCGUACCGAAAUCACCGCUCUCAGGUGUGAACAAAAGCCUUGUGCAAUAUGGUUUUCGUGUCGCGCAAAAACUCUCCGGUAUUGUAUGAAGAUAGCCGGCCUUAUUAAUGGCCUUUAAACAUGUGCAUAAGCUCAUAUUAAAACCGCGAGACCAUUAUAUGUAAAUAACUCUUGACUAACGUAGAAUUAAAUGAUAUUUGCAUAAUGCACUAAGUAGAGCCGAGUCAGAAUUGAUCAAAUUAGAGCGAGGAAGAGACUUAAAGCAGUUAUCUAUCAUGAAUGAGCGAGAAGCAGAACAUGUUCGCCAAAAUUCGAUCAUGAUGAAGCAAAAGAGGGAGGACAAGACAGGUAUUACACGUCGGAAAGUAAUGUUCGGCUCUUGAUUAGGUUAAAUGCUAUUCAGCUUUAUUAUUAAUUAGCACUCCGUUGGUGAAAGUAUUUGAUUAAAUCAUCCCUCGGAUUCUAUUGGAAAUUACCCUUGUUUGGGACAGCAUAUAACGCCUUAACGUGAAAUCUUACAAACAAUGUGUCUUGACCACAAACUGAGUGAAGCCAGCGGGGCAUUUUAAUCCCUCGUUACACGAGAAUUUAAUCCCGGUUUUCAAGAUGUAAACAACAUAGUCUCCAGGUCUUAACAAUGUAUAUAAAAGAAAUGUGGGAUAUCAUUUAACUGAAGUAAAACAUUGCCAUCGCUUUAUCGACAUAACGCAGCAAAAAAAUGGAAAUGCUACAGAUACCAUAGCUCAAGAAGCGAAGUGAACUGCGCUAUGACAAACUCUUCAACUUUUAACGUACGGUCUCCUGCAAACUUCCAAAGGUUGCCUUUUUGUGAAGCCCAUGACCUGUACAGCCAUACAUCUUUAAUGUUGCUUAACUAUUUAACUGCAAUUUUAACCCAUGUCGAUCAAAGAUCACUGAAAGUUACACUGAACACAAUAAAGAACAAUGUCGCGAAGUGUACAAUGAAUGGACCUAAGUUGAACGUUAGGUUCGCGGUACUUACGUCCUUGAACUAUUCACAGCUCGAAAUGCAUGAAAAUUUCUGUUAGAGAUUAAGAGUAACGAGAAUUGUUGACUACUUUGCGUUGGAAGAUAGAGGCUUUGAUUGUCCUUAAACUUAACUGAAGAAAGUGUUUAAUCAGGUGUACGAACAUAGUCAAUGCUUGGGACUGAUUGGCUAAAGAAUGUAAGGUAAACUUACUCUUUCGAAUAAAUACAACUGGCUAGAGAAUAGUUUAUAAAAGAGAAUCGAGAAUAGACUUAAACAGCGAAAUGUUCAAAUUUACAUCGUAUUCCUUACCAAUAUCGCCGCUUAUUUUUGUGUACGCAAGUCGAAUUUGCUUCUUUUAGAAGAAUUUUUUCUGUAUAUCGAUAAAGGGAGCGAUGUUACUUGUUUUGCAUUCAACACAAACUUACAUUUUUAGAUUGUGUAAAUAGAAUGAAGACUUGAAAACCACUUGAGUCCCUUUGUUACUCAAUCGAUCUUAUGUCAAUAAAACAUUCGAAGAAUUUUAAACUAAGACAAGAUAUUGCUAAAAAACUAAUGAUUAUUAUAGUCAUAUAUGAUUUUUCUGAGUGAGAAUAUGUAAGAAAAGAACUAGGUACAGCAAAUGGAACAAGUCAAUAUUGCAAAUAGAAAUAAAACCAAUCUGCUGUGAAACCUUAGGAAAUUUUCAGUUCAAAGAAAAUCAGGUCAGAACUAUUUUCAUACAGAACCAUUUUUCUAAAAUGUACUUGCAAUAUCUCUAACAAUCAUUUCAUAACAACAAACUCUAUGAUAUUGGCCUUCUUAUGUUCAACUGAUCAUAUUACAUAUUAAUUAAACUCGUUUAUCAUACCGGAUGAUCAUUAUGCGAUUUCUAACGUUCUGAUUAGUAGAGUAGGAAGAGUGUAUUGGCAGGCGCCAGCUACGCAACGUUUCUUUUGUAAACAAGUCGAUGCUAUUUUUUAAGGAUUUGGAAAAGUGGAAAGGAAAAAGAAGAAAGAAGAACCAAUAGUACGAAUUUUCAAUGCUGAGUCGAACAUGAGCCUUUUUGCUUGUGCUCAUAUCUAUCUCUCACAUUUCCCUUACCCACCAUCCGAAGCAAAUCGGACUCCGAUAGAUAAUAAUUGAUUGCUUUUUCGACGUCAGGAGAACACAACUUAAACUCACGGGGCUAGAAGCCCGAACUUAUACAUUAUUUUGUGGUAGCUCGGUAAAAAAAAAAAAGGAAACAGAAAUACGUAAGAGACUUCAGACUUCUUGUCCCUAGAGUACAUUUAAUAAGGGUCACAGCCAGUGAAAACGACAACACAAGUUAGCUAGACAUACUGUUGGUUUGCAGAAAUAAGACAAGUAAUCGCCAGACGAUCCCGCAACGUUUCCAAAAACAAAAAAAAAACGGCAAGAACCCUGUGAGGUGUUCAGUUCUUUAGGGGAAUAAAAGUAAUCAUACUUUUUUGCUUAUUAAAAAGAGGAUUCUUGUAUUUCAUUAAAUCAGCUACAAUGAUAGAUGAAUACUGGUGAAUACCUAACGUACAACACUCGUAAAGUAGUUUUGACAAAAAGAAAGAACUCGUGCUACAAAUGGUCGAUCUUGACCUGAAUCCCCCAAUUAAGCACAGCUUAAGCACACAGGCUUAGUGCCAGUUAGGCCACCAGUUAGGCUAAGGAAAUUUAAUGAAACUCUGAUGAACGGAUAACUGGGACAGGGAACACUGUAGGAGCAGAGAGGCUAAGCAAAAAGAACGAACUGCUACAACUGGUCGAACUCGAUCUGAAUCCAAGCACGCAGCCUUAGUGCCAUUUUUGCCGUCAGUUAGGCUGGGCCGAAACUUAUUAUAAUAAAAUUAGCGGGGAGACGUCAGAAGAAAGUGGUAUAACAUCGAGACAAUCCUGAUCCGUAUUGCGGCUUACCGCCUCAAAGUGGCCAUCAUAUUGGGCCCGUUUCCCUGAUUUAACGCGUUCAAAUAGUUCACUGAAUCUUACAAACAUUUCCACUUCUCUUUGGCGACAUUUAUCUAAUUAUACAACUGCAAUUCCAAAACUAAAUAUUCGAACGCACUUGCUAAUCCCUGAUAAAACUAGUAUAAGUAGUUAGCUGUAGUCCUCUCCAGUUAACUGUUUGAUUUCUUAUGCAGGUGAGAGAGAAAACCUUCACAGAAAAACAUUCACAAAGUGGAUGAAUUCCAGGCUGGCAAAGGUAUAUUCCUGGGUGUGUUAUUAACUAUUGAUCCAAACCAAAUAAUCAAUCCUUCUUUUUGAAGCUCGUAACACGUAUAACAUGUAACCCAGUAUAUGAACCGCGGUUUUGCACAGAAUCGCUUUUAGUUCGCCACCGAAUAACCCUUAGCCUGCGUAGCAAGCGUUUCCGUACGGUUUAGGAGCAAAAAACGAGGAACGAGAGUCAAAGAUUGCGCUGCCAAAACCGGGAAUCCCGUUCCUCGGUCUUUCUUUGCUCCGAAACCAAACGGAAACGCUUGCUACGCAGGCUAGUAACCCCUAGAAUCGCUGGUAUUGCCUGAUUUAAACAACACUAUGACCUCUAGGCUUGACGCUAAUGUUUUCUCAUCCCUAUGUAGUUACCUUCUCACUUUUACCACUUUUUUUGGACCUCGUAAUCAGGAGCUUGCUCUGUGAGUUUUCCAGGCCUAUUGGAGGUAUAAUUCAAUACUUGUUUUUGUCUUCAACAGCGAGUUCCACCGGUAGAAAUCAGUGACGUCGUAGUGGAUCUGAUGGACGGAAAAAUGUUGUUAAACUUGUUGGAGGUCCUCCUUAAUACUUCCCUGGUAAAAGUUUUUUAUUAAUAUUCUUAUUAAAUCUGGUACAUAUAAUCAUUAUUAAGCUACAUAUACUAUACUUUUUAGGCUUCAUUGUUGCUCAGUGGACACAAACGGAUGAUUCAUAAAUUCCAUUCCCUAGCUUAAAUCUGGCAAUUUUGUUUCUGAUCUGACAACCAUCCAACUAUUUUUCUUUUUUUUUAUUAACCAUUACCUUCAUUUUUAAAUAAUACCUUCAAAUCGUAAUUGAGUCCAUUCCAUGAUUUUAUAGUUACAUUGUGCUUUUUAUUUUAUUUUCUAGGUCUUAUGUAACUAUGUAACGCAUACUUCAUGGUACGAAGAACCUAGGAAUAGUAUUCAUCUUGAUUUGUUUUAUUUAUUUUUGAUUUAUUUUUCAUUAUUUUUUUAGAAAAAAGAAAAAGGAACCAUGAGAGUGCAUAAGCUGAACAACGUCGAAAAAGCCAUGGGUCUGCUUGAGAAAAAUAACGUAAGCCUCAAUCAUUGGUUUACGAAUAAAUUAAACAAUUUGAAUAGGCCAUUUUACAGUUGUGGGCUUGGUGUCCUAUAUAAACGUCCUUCCUUUUCUAAUGGAAAUUUUGCUUAAAAAAUACUAGUUAGCAUAACAACAACAAGUUUUGCAUAAUAAAGCAAGAAGGGUUGUAUCAAAACAAGGCAUACGCUCUUCUCACGUAUGGUAAUAUGCCCGUCCAACCUCGUUUUCGAGUGAAAUUUCUUUUGAAAUUCAAAUACGAAAACGUCGUCCGAUUAGCAUUUCAAAAGAAGUUUUACUCGAAAACGAGGAUGGACGGGCAUAUUACCAUACGUGAGAAAAUGGAGCGUAAACGAGAGAUAAAAGGUCAACUCCUAAUUAGCUAUUUUUAACCCAGAUCGAAGGUUACACAGCUUAACAUGUUUCGAGUCGUGCACCGAAACUGAGCUCAUAAAAAUUUGGUUUCCUUAUCUCCAUAUUAAACACAGGGUCAAGCCAUUUGUCCCUAAUUUCUAAUGGUUUGUUUGCAAUUCUGUAAAAGGGCUAUUAAAACAGGGUCAACCGUAACAAUAUAUAUUUUUGGACAUUUAACUAUGUUUUAGGUAAAACUGGUGGGCAUUAACGGGUUUGACAUAGUCGAUGGAAAGCCCCGUGCAAUCCUUGGACUCAUGUGGAGUAUCAUUCUUCGAUAUCAGGUAAGUGUAAUGGCCACUAAAUGAAAAAUUCGUUUGGAAUAUUUAAAACGGCCUUUUUUUCAGUUGUACAUUUCUCAAGUGAUAAAUGACAAACGCGUCAUGUGACAAGCAAUAAAUGAUAUAGUUUAACAUCACAUGUCUUCACUUAGUGCUUAGCUAAUAGCUCCUAUCAGUAAGAUAUCCCAAGCCUUUUGUUCUGUACCGACAUAUGCCGUAAUUGUAACAUCUUUGAUCACGUGACACUGUUAUCCAUCUGAGAAAGGCUGAACGCGUUUGCUUACGUUCAUCACUAUAAAUUUUUAUACAUUUUUUAUCUUUUGGUGUUAAGUUAAAACGAGAAGAGCUGUUAGAAUGAUAAAAAAAAAAGAACAAAGUUGAUUUCUGAGCUUAGACGGGUCUAACCGAACUUGCGCCAACGGGUUUGUUUUCAGAGUCUGUUGUUUCCAUAACGGUUUGCUGGAAAGUGAUAACAUUUUUAGUUUUCAAUUCAAUGGCGUUAAUGGUUGGUCUGAUCUGUUUAACCCGGCAAUGCUAUUCCUUUUUUCCCUUUUUUUUACCAGUUGGCCUGGAACCGAUCGGUCUGGCGUAUUAGAAAACAAAUAUUUAAAAGACCCUUAAUACAUUGUUUUUUUCAUGUUAAGGUUCAAGAAGUCAUGCAAGAACCAAUAACAGAGGACACAGCAAAAUCUUUCAACGUUGAGAAGAAACUCCUUGACUGGUGCAAGGAACGUUUGAAAGGGUGAGUAUAAUUUAGUCGGUUAUCAAAAGCUUUUCUUUGUUUGUCAUUACGUUUGUCGUUUGUCAUAACCAGCUUGUUUAUCCCCUCCAGGUACGAAGAUCACGUUUCAAUCAAAGAUUUCUCUACAAGCUGGAGAGAUGGUUUGGCGUUUAACGCUCUUAUUCACUCAUACAGGUAUAAAAUAGCUUUCUGUUUGCUUGUUUGUUUUUCUCUUUCAAUCAUUUACUCAGUUUAGAAGUUCGUAAAACGUUGCUCUUUUAAUGCCAUAAUGCUCGCAUUUUUAUAAACUGUUGAUCGAAAUAAUGAGAAUAUAUUUCAAAUUGUUUACUACUCAGUUAGUUCUUCGAACUAUUUAGGGGUCCCAAACUCUUUACAAGGAACCUAAAAUUGAAAAAUUAAUUUUACUUCAUAAUCUUUUAUUUUUAUAUUUAAAAUCACUGAUUUGUAUAUAAAUAAUAUUCUGUGUAAGACCAUGUUUACAAGGAGUGGGAGACCCCGGUCCAGUUGGGUAGGUUUCUUUUGUUUUGUGUCCACCCGAGCGUGAAAACAAAAGAAACCAACCCCACUAGACCGGGGUCCCCCACUCCAUGUAAACAGGCCUUAUGUUUAAAUAAAACUUGACUUGACGUGACUCCAUCAAGUUUUAAUAUAUAUAUAUAUAUAUAUAAAAUGAUGAGUGCAAUCUUCUUAUUUUCCCUGAAAUUUUGAAUUUGCUUUCUAGGCCAGACUUGUUCAAUUUUGAUGUUAUAGUGAAAGCCCAAACUCGAACGAGGCUGGAAAACUCUUUCAAGAUGGCAGAAAAAAACUUUGGAGUCCCUCGCUACCUGGAUUCGGCAGGUAUGAAUGUCAACUACAGCGCUAGUCUUCGACAAAAAUUGUUGGGACACUUCCACCCUUCCCUUAUCAAUUCCGUCUCCUCUCUCAGUGAUGUUUAUCGUAGUUAACGUAGCAACUCGUUUACUCCAACAUUGAGAGAGAAGAAAGACAUUCAAGUUUCCCAACAGUUUCCACUGAGACUGUAGCUUUAUUUGCAUGACCAUACAAGUUCAUACAAUAUUGCAAAACCUAUUUUAAGAAUAAAAACACAAAAGUGUAAAGUGUAUAGUUUACAGCAUACCCCUAGAGAGGUUGCAUUGCAUUGUCCAAUGUUUUCAGUGAGACCAGUCUGUAAAAAGGAAAGGGGCCGUGGUGGCGAACACACAGGACAUACGAUGAGUUGCGAUUGAAGUGUACGUGGUCAUUUAAAAUCAAGUUAAGAAUUUAAUUCGAGACACUUUGUCCCGCGACAGUUUUGAGAAAGAAAUAGUUCUCUCUUUCGAUCUCUUACACAAUGCGGCUGUAGCAGGACUGGUUCUCUCUAGGCAACAAUCUCUAGGCAACAAAAACAAGGCAAAGUCAACUGCAAAGGAAGCUGAACGUGCGAGUUAUCUGGAUUGUCAUAAUUCCCAAAAUCAUUACCUUUAUACAAGUACUUAAUUGAUAAAAGUGUCUACUGGGCGUAAUUAUGUCGCCGAGGAUGCCGCUCGGUUUAGGGUCAAAACAUGCCAAUACAUAUGGUCGAUUUAGUUUAAUCAGUUAUUUAAUUGUUAAAGUACGAAAAAUAUAGGUUUGAAACUACAAUGCUAUAAUUAAGAUGGCUAUUCAUACCUCCCGGCCUACCCGAAAACCAAUCCUUUAAUACAAUAUGUAUGAUAAUGACUGAUGUACCGUUUUGUUAGAUAUUGAUGUCGACAAACCUGACAAGAAGCUCAUCAUUAUGUACUUAACGGAAUUGUACAAUUACUUAGAAGGAUCAAAAGCAAAAGAGAGAGAGGUGUGUACCUCAUCGUAAUUGAAUCUUAGAUAAUGGUAAAAGAUUUCACUUCCCUCAUAUGGGAUUGGCGCUUUUAGCAACAGGUCCUGAUUAAUAUAUGAUGCAUUCAAUGCAAUCUGAUAUUUAGAGCUUAAAACUCAAACUUUACUGAGAAAAAUAUUUAUAUAUACUUCAACACUAACAAUUUGUUAAAAGUUACUCAGAGCUUUCGGAAUCCAUCCGGACCCCUUCAUCAGUGAUGGCGUUUGCUUUUAUUGAAUUCGCAGCCUCGUUUUGAUUAGGUUGCAAAAUUGAUCCACUCGCCACUUGCAUGCACAUCUCCCAAAAUACACCUUGUUUGUCCCACCAAAUUUUGCAUAAGCAUUGUUUUUUUAUUUCUUUUGGCAUGGCUUCAAUACCCAGGAGAAAUGAAAAACAAAGGUUAUGCAAAAUUUUAGGAGGCAAACAAGGUGCGUUAUGGAAGAUGUGCAAAUAGCGAAUAAUUGGGGGAAGGCGCGGUAGCCCUGAUCAUGGUUGCUCUGAAAGCUCAUCCUCGGAGACCCAGGGGCAGUCAGUCGGGUUGGGAGAAAAGGCAGGACGAACGUUUUCAAGUACGGGCGAAAGAGCCCCUGGGAACCGACUCUCACCGAACUAUUUCUAAAAAUUCAAGCAGAUGCCGGCUCCUGAUUGGGAACAAAAAAUGCUUUGUGAUAUUGCGCCCAAUCGGCGAACAGUUCCUCCUGAGUUCUUUUCGUGAGUUCGUACACGACGGCUAUUGUCUCGAUCACGGCUUGUCUGGCUCAUGCACCGAAGAAAUGCACGCAGUCAGGAAACUAUCAGUUUGAUAUAAAAUCCCCAUCUGAUUUCAAAAUAUUGUCUGCCCGAAAACUAAAGACGCUUUUCCAAAAGUACAAGGUUGAGCUUACAAUAGGUAUUCACGCUUGCAUCGGUGACGCGUCUUGCUUAAAUACUAGGGAGUUUUUAAAAGAUACCACGACGGCUGACAGCCACGAAAACGUCGCAUGGAAAAGUGAAUUCACAUUUUCUCAGUCUCUAUCGUGAUUAUUCCAACUCGCUUACUUUGUCAAAUGCAAGCGCUGACUCUUCUGGAGCUGAAUUUCUAUUAACAAUGUCCAAGUUCAUGAAGAGAAUGAAUUUUGUCAUUGCUUGUUUACGUCCUUCACAAAACGUGAAAUUAGGCAUGUUCACGGGUAGUCGUGCAGUUGACGGCAAAGAAAUGUACAAAAAAGCGUGAUGCACGUGCAAAGUUGUUGUUUUGCCUUGUGAAGCUAUUGCUAAUUUGACUUUCUCGUCGCUACUGCAUCUUAAAGUUCCUAUUAUUUACGAUACAUUGUGAUCCGUCAAAAGCAGAAUAUUCUCGGGGCAAAUUAAAUUGCUCCUGCUGAUAGCAUCCCAAACGUUCCUUCGUUUCUGGUUAGGAAAGUAAAAAAUAAAAGUUUUCCUUGCAUGCACAAGCUUGGUGAACGAACCGGGCAAGUGUGGCGAGACAAUAGCCGUCGUGUACGAACUCACGAAAAGAACUCAGGAGAAACUGUUCGCAGAUUGGGCACAAUAAUACAAAGCAUUUUUUGUGCCCAAUCAGGAGGCGGCAUCCGCUUGAAUUUUUGGAAAUAGUUCGGUGAGAGUCGGUGCCCAGGGGGUCUUUUGCCCGUACUUUCAAACUUUCGUCUCGCCUUUUCUCCCGACCCGACUGACUGCCCCUGGGUCUCCGAGGAUGCUGAAAGCUCUGAGUAACUUUCAACAAAUUGUUGGUGUUGAGUGAGAAUAUCCAAGUGUAAUGUUUCCUUGGUUAGAAGUUUUAUUACUUUAAAUAAGUAACAUUACUUAUUAGCAAUGUUAGGAAGUAAUAUUACUUUUAAUUUUUAUUAUUAUCAUUUUUUUUUAUAUAUAUAAUGACGUUUAUGAUACUUUAUAAUCUUAAAAAGAAAAUCAGCCCCUUUUUAACAUUAUCCUUUGCAGGCUGUGGAAGAAGUGGUAACCAUUGACGACAAUGUGGACGCCGUAGAAGGAGCUCUUAAUGACAGCUUUGACCACCUAGAUGCUAAACCAGCCUUCAGGUCUGUAGCUACAAGCAACUAAGUGAAAGAUUAAACUGAUCUUCUAAAAAAGCAUUGCAGGGAUUUUCAAAUAACUUAUCUAUUUCAAACGUAAAGUGCAAAGUUCACUGAUAUUGUUAAGCUCAAAGUAUGCUCGAAGCUUCAUAAAUCCGCUGCUGGUUAAUGUCGUCCUGCUCUUUUGACUUAUUGUUUGUUGUUGUUUUUGUUUAUUUUUUUCGUGUUUUACCAUCUCUAUAGCCAAUCAGAGCACGAUGAAGCAGUUGAUAAACUCAACAAGAUGUUAAACGAAGUGGAAAGUGGUCUUUCUGAUGCCGAGCAUAGAAAACCAGUCUACGAUGAAAAUGAUGUUGUGGAUUUAACGACAGUGAUGGCUCAACUAGAUAAACAAAAGGUUGGAUAUUUGAUCGACCCACGUGUAUUAGCCAUCGGUUUUAAAAAAUCCAUUAAACCAUCGUCAGUCUCGGAUGGAACGGAAAUGAAUAUAAAAGGAUAUUUUGACUUGUAUACAUGCUUCUUGGGUGAAUUACGCUUACUUAAACUUGAUAAAAAUCGUACUUUAUAAUGGAUUCUUACUUUACGUUAGGCGGGUUUAACACUUGAAAGGAGGCUGUUAAACUUACUGCUCUGAAAUAAUUUUUUGAAAACUGUUCAUCACACUAGACAUUUAGAAUCAAACAACCGUUAUUCUGUAGAAGUCAGCUGAUUUGCACUUCCUUUUGCUACGUUUACUUUUAAAAGUCAUAAUACAUGAUAUGCAAACUAGUGAAUUGUAUUGUGUUCAACUUACUUUCCGCUCUGGAAAAAGCAACUGAAAAAGAACAAAAUUAUGGUUACCGUGUUUACUUGCGCUUACUAAAUUUCUCGAUGUUUCUGUCAUUACGGCCUUAUGUAAGACUUGUAAAUAACAAAGUAUUGCUUAAUCUUCAUGCAUUUCCUUUAUUAUGUGGAAAAAUGAAACAAUUAACAGUGAUAGUGUAUAGAAAGCACGCAAUAACAGUUGGUUUAAAGGUCUAUGUUACCGUCCAGGUUUUAAUACAAGACAUUCCUAACAACCUCUGUAGGUUUUGAAUGGGGGGUUAUUUAUCAGUCGUAGUCAUUGAAGUUUUUUUUUUUUUGGACAGAAAUAUGAAAAGGAUCUCGUUCCGUUGAAAUCUAAAACUUAUGAAGUACUAAAUGAAGGCAGAUCCAUGAUUGGUGAUGGGUAUUUUGACAAAGGUGAAGAGGAACACUUUCAGGAUAGGAUGGACAACGUCGACAAAAGGAUGCAAAACCUCUUGGAACAGUCUCAAAGAGAUCAUAAUAAGUGAGCAUGAUAUAUUUAUCAGAUAGCUUUCGCAGCUGAAUCAAAUAUAAAACACAAACAGCGUUGAUAAACUUAGAUCUUAAGCUAGCUUUUAAUGCCAACAUCAGCAGUGAAAAGCUGAUGCUUUAUUAAUUAGCCGUCGCCUUAAAUAAUUUUGCUGUUGAGGAAUUUUCUUAAUCUCGUCUCCAGACCCCUUGUUCAAAUUUCAUAAAUAGUUUUUGUCAUCAAUCGUAACGGUCGUUUUUGAUCACUUUUGAAAAUAUAUAUUGACUAUACGCAUGCGAAAGUUCACAAUGUUUAUCACCGCUCGGUUUUUGUUUUAUUUUUAAUUAAGCUGAGAUGGCCUAAGAACAAAAGUUUUUAUGGCUAAGUUCUCAUUGAGCACCAGACAAGACUAAUGACUGAUCUCAGGCCUGUUAAGGCCUGUUAAAGUAUUUUAAUUAGUUGAAGGGCAGCCUACGAAAACAGCCGUCUUUCUAUCUAAGCUGUGAGAAGCGAGGACAGACGGAUGUCCUGGCAAAAGAUGUAUGCAGCUAAGGUUGAAACCAUUACCCUUUUUUUGGUGGCAUUCACCCAACAUUUCAGCCAGCACCUCAAGAAAUAAUUUGAACUAGGUCACUAGCAUCUAUUUAGAACUGUUUUUAUACAGCUUCAACUCGACCCGACACUUGCAUUUUUGGAAACAAAGGAAAUGUUGGAGUGAUGUUCAAUAUAUUUCAUUACUGAACCAUCCUUAAUUAUAGGCCCUAUACUAAAUUCAUCGUCAAAGAACGAUGACUGUUGGGCGAUCUGUUCAGCUGACGUACAUUUUUAAUUUGAAAGAUGAUGAAAAAAUGUUGAAUCAAAUCAGACCACAAUUUCCUGCGGGCUAUAGCACUAAUUUGUAAUUCAUUUGAUAAUUCAUGCUCCGUGGAGCGUUAAGGCAUUUAAAAGAAUAAUGCUCCGUAUGACAAUAGUUAGUUGUCUUUUUGAGUGCUUCGCACAGCAUAUUCAGUUAAAUAUUCUAAAACUUCGUUCACCUAUGGGAAUAGUUAUUACUUGUGGCAUUCGCGUCUCUUGAAUAGAUUACGGUACAUUUAGUUUCUGAAAUCUUGAACUUCAUCGUUUUGUCAGUUCCUGAAAGAUACUAUGUAUCGAAUCAAUAUCAAGACAAGGGGGAUUCCAACCAGUCUUUCAAAAUAGCCGGUGUGCUUUUAUACAGAAUCCCUAUGUCUUAAACUUUGUUGCUUCGCUGCGCAAAUGUCAAAAGCGGAAAACUGUUACACUCACGUUAUGUUCAUUCUUGUUUUUCUCUUCAUAAGGCUUUCACAGGAGAGGACCAUUCUAUUGAAGCAGCAACUGUCUAUAAUGGAUAAAUGGCUGACCAAAACUGAGCGGAAGAUGAAGAAAGAUGAACAAAUCGGUCAUAACUACGAAACUACAAAGAAACAGUUAGAUGAACACCAGGUAAUUAAUGGCAAACUAUAAAAGCCAGCCGGAAUAAUAAAGUUUUGUAGCAACCAGUGACAGGUACCUUAAUUAGCUUAUAUCAAGGGAUCCUUGAUCAGGGACGAUUCACACUGACGAGCAGGAUUAUCCUGGUUAUUACUGUUACUAUUAUUGUCAUUAUUAUUAUUAUUAUUGUUAUUAUUAUUAUUAUUAUUAUCAAUAUUAUGAAAAUAUUAAUAAUAAUAGUAGUAGUAGUAGCAGCAGUAUAAUUUUAAUUAUAUUGAUCUCAAUGGAAGUACAGCUGAAUUCAAUUAAUAUGGGGUUCCAUGCCUUACCUAAUUAUCAUAAUGAAUUGAGGUUUCGGAUGCAUAUUUUUAAAAAUUCGAAGCAUUUGCUUUUGUUAAGAUACAAUAGGAAUUCAAUUGUUCUGAUUAAGAAACUGGGAAAUUCACAAAAAGUUAUUAUGAAAUUUUAAAAUUCUUUUCAGAGUUCAUGCGUUAGAAACUUUUUAGUAGGGCUUUUUAAAUACACUUAAAUAUUCCAUAUUCCACCUGAAAAGAAGUUGUAUGACUUUGAUUUGUAGAAAAUUCAAGGGGAAGUUGGCGAUGUUUCCCUGGUAACCGCUGUACUCGCUACCGAUAGCUCGGAUCCUGAACUGGAUGACAAAACUCGAGGAAAAGUCAAAGACAUUAACAAACGCUGGCCAGAGGCGUGGAACUGGAGUAAUGACCGAAACCAAAAUCUUACAAAGGCGAUGAUUGAAUGGCAGAAAUUUCGUGACGAGGAGUUAAUUUUGCUGAAUUGGCUAAGUCACAAAGAAAAAACUUUCAAGGAAGUCUCAGAAACUAACAUUGCCGACGAGGAACAAGUGAAGCAAAGCUUAAACAUUCUGGAGGUAAAUUAGAUUUAACCGCGUUCGUAAUUCAUUGUUUAUAAACGUGUUUGCUUUGUGUUAAGAGAGCUCAAGAGGGAACGAUACCCGGUUGGGAGGGAAGUCUAGCCUCCCACGCAGACGUUCUUAGGUUCGUCACGCGUUCCUGGCCCACGUGACGAACCCCUAAAGCGUGUUAGGCUAAGGGAGGUGUAGAGCAAAACAAUCAUUCAGGAAAUGAUCGUUCUUUUUUCCCUGAAAAUGUGUGUAUUUAUAUGCCUUUUUAAUCUCUUCUAAUAUAUCAAAGGUUUUUUUCCUCAGGAAAGUUAGCAAAUAUCCAACAAUUAUUGGAAAAAUGAAGAGAUCUAGGGGAAAUAUUUUAAGGCUUUGAAAAAAUCUUCCAAUUCGUGUUUUUUUAACCUUAGGGUUGCGAGUCGUGUUUUAAAAUUUAAUAAAACGCUCUUCCUCGUUUACAAGCUUUUCUACUUAACAUUCUGUCAACAGAACACUCAAAACGAACUCGACGAGCAAGAGCAGAGAUUACAGAGGCUUCACCGAAUUGGCAAGGACAUAAUGGAUGGUGCAGAUAACAGUGAUGACGUAACCAAGGAAAUCAAAGCUCAGUUGCAGGAUUUCGACGAUUGCUGGAACCACGUGGCGAAGAGAACUCUUGAAGAAAAAGAGAAGGUGAGAAACAUCUUGGUGCGGUGUUACCCAUGAACUGCUAUUAUAGACAGCGGCGACACAACCGAAUAACUUGUUUGAAAAUUUCAGAGAGGCACAUCAGUGUGCGUAAACUGAGUCCGUUUCUAAAACUAAAAGCUUUCAAAACUAAAAUAUAUAUACCGGAUAGAAAAAAUACAUAAUCAUAAAAUGCAUGGUAGAGUGGUCAUCAUUGCAGAUUACCCACAUAAUUUUCCUUUAAAUGUCCCUCCCAGAGACUUCAACGAAAGGAUACUUUGAAAAAAAGAUGUACUCUAAACUGAAUAUACAAAUGUAGUAUCAUGAUAGUCCUUGAAAACCACCAUAAGUGAUUCACCUUUUUAUCUCAUUAGUCGGAAGUUAAAUUUGGCAAGAAAGGUAAUACGGAUAUUAACUAUUUCUUACUUUCCAUCUGCGAAUGUAGAAAUUAUUCUCUUAUAUGUUCCGUACGAUCACUGGAGAUGGAUGCUUGUUAUUCUACUUCACACAGAUAAUGAACGCAGACAGUAAGCUAAAAGAGAUGCACAAGCUGAUGACUUCAGUAAAUGAAUGGGUGGAUGACUGCUUAGGUUUAAUGGCAGAAUACAAGGAGGAUAUGGAGACCGAGGAUCUAGAGAACUUCAAGAAAAGAGCAGAGGUAGGUAAAUUUACUGAUUUUUUUAUUAUCGCGAAAAACCAAAAAAGAAAAAGAAAACAUACAUGGUAUGUGAUAAACAUGUAAUCGCAAAAGACCUCCUGGAAAAAAAUAAAUAACUAAUAACAUGAGACUCGCUCGUGAAAAAAAAAAUAAAAUAAACGAAUAUUUUCCAUUCAAGUACAAGUCAGUAAUCUUACUUCAAUACGUUCCCCAAGAGAAAAUAAUAAGACAAAGGGGAAAUCUGAAGGUGUUGGCCGCGACACGUGAAUUUCACUUAAGUUAUUUUUAGAGGUUGUUAUUAAACGGAAGUCUAAUUCCUGUGAUGUCCGCACAUUUUAAUUGAUUGUUUGAAACGUGAUAAUUAAGUCCACGCACGACUGCCUCAAAGGGAAAAGAACAUGAUAUUUUAAUGGCGACACAGCAAGAGAGCACAAUGUACAAUGUUUUGUCAUUUUCUCUUGAAAAAAUGAAUAAAGGUUUGCCGACCUCUUUAAUUGCAAGCGUUCAAUUGGUCUAAAAAUAACUUGUUGAAAUUCAUAUAUCCCAAGGGCUAGACUUGGCGUUUCUCUUUUAGUGUGUUAUUUUUUUCAUAUCGAUUUUCAUUCUACGACUUUUAUCUGUUUAUUUCUUUUUAUACGACUGUGUUCAAACUAGCUCUUUAUAAUCAGUGCCAACUGUUUCUCCAUAAAUAAAUAAAAUUAGGUUGAGUUUGAUCGUCCGGGUGAACGUAGUCCUGAAUAGGACUGUUGUUGUUGACAGUGACUGACGUUUCGACUUCCUGUGUGAUAGUCAUCUUCAGAGUCAUUUACUGACGUGAUACAACUCACUUUGACUCUGAAGAUGACUACCGCACAGGUUGUCGAAACGUCAGUCACUGUCAAUAACAACAGUCCUAUACAGGAUUACGUUCACCAGGACGAUCAAACUCAACCUACUUUCAAAUGACUCCUGGGCUCAAACCCUUUACAGCAUAAAUAAAUAAAUAGCUAAAUAAAAAAAAUUACUUCUGUUGUGGGUAGAACGUAUUUCGUAGAGCGCUCAAUUCAUUUAAUUGAAGAGCAGUGACUAUUAAUAAUCACAGGAGUUCAGGCUUCAGGAGUAAUCAUUGAUCGUUUAUUGCGACAGUGCUGCUUCGUAUGGUCCGAAAUUGUAGGAGCACACCACACUCAUCAGGCAACUUCAACGAUUGACCGUUAAAAUUAAAAGCUGGCAGUAAAAUUUGGGUGGUUGUUAUAGGGAUGCGUCCCUAUAACAACCAGCUAAAUUUUACUGCCAGCUUGUAAUUUUAACGGUCAAUCGUUGAAGUUGCCUGAUGAGUGUGGUCCUACAAUUUCGGACCAUACGAAACAGCACUGUCGCAAUAAACGAUCAAUGAUUACUCCUGAAGCCUGAACUCCUGUGCUUAUUAAUAAUAUAUAAAAAAUUAUUAAUGCGUGAUCAAAAUCUGGGAAAAGAGGGAUUUCAGGCUAAAUUGGAAUCUUUUAAAAAUUUUUUCGAUAUAUAAAAGCACAUAUUUUACAUUACAGAUUAAAUUGGAAGAAAGGCCGAGUAUGAAGGUCAAGGUGGAUCGAGUUAAUCGGCUUGGAAAAGACGUUCUUGAAGUAAUCGACGGGCCAUCGAAGAAAUCAGUUAAGGAAGAACUACAAGAGUUUAAUGAUCACUGGCAGAGUGCAACAGCCUCCCUUGAGAGUUACGACGAUAAGGGGUACCCAGAGGAAGGCAAUGACUGCUGUCUGAUUAGGAUCUUCAAGCGGAAGUUUAAACCCACUGCAUAAGGCACAAGUUCAAAGGUCGUAUACAGUGGUCUAAUGGUCCAAAAACAACAACAGCGACAGUAACGACGACGACAGCGUCAAAACCUAUUUUAAAAAGCUUCAAAUCUAAUUUUUUUGAACCCCUAUUUUAUGUAAGAAUAAGGCAUACAAAGACAUAUGGGGGCACAGUCCCGUGUUAGGCAAGAGGCCACAAUUAAGUAAGUGAGUGAGUCUUAUUUGCGCCUUGCAUUCAAGCUCAAUCUUAAAUAGUGAAAACAAAUACGUAAAAUCAACUAAAAACUAGAAAAGCACGAAGUGUUUUUGUAGCGAGAUGAAUUGGUUCCGCUUGCACUUUUUGAUUUGAUUUUGUUUUGUUUUGUUUUUUUUCCUUUUUUUUUCUCGCCCUCAGCCAAAGUUUGUGAACCAAUGGAAUGUUUAGAAAAGCCAAAUGUAGUCUUGUUUCGGGCAAGCUUUUUCUAACCCCGUUGAUGCAGAAAUUAGAGCGGCGAACUGCUUUCAAUCUGCCAAUUUUUAGACUCUUGAAAUUUUUGGUUUAAAACAUCUAAUCUUAAAUGAAGAUAUUAAGGCGUUAAAAUAAAAUGAAUAGAAGGGAAAAAAUAGAAUGUAUCGGUCGGCUUUCCCAUUUCACGAUCACGAUAAAAUCUUAAAAGGAAAAUUGGAAGCGAUUAUAUUUUAGCCCGGAACAAUCAUAACUCCCCUAUAUUUUGCAAAUGAAUUAUAAAUUUAUUAUUUUAAGUGAGCGUUGCUACAUUUUCUGACAAUAGGUAUAAUGCAGCCAGUUACAAGAAACAGGUUGUGUGUUAUCAUUUUGGAAGGUAAUUUUGGUACAGGAAAAGAUUGAAGGUUUUAUAUACCCAUGUAUAAUUAGCUUGCAAGACUUUUAGAUCGCAAAUAAAGCAACAGAG